CGCCAGGAACUCAAAGGCUACUCGUGCUCUGACGCUGGGUUAAUACAGCUUAGAAACCUAGUCCAAUUACCAUGAAGAGCGGAGGAGAAAUCAAACUGAAGAGAAAGAGCUUAAAGUGAAUGUGAACAGGGAGACAAAACAGCAUGCACAGAGAUGCGCGCGACGCACUUGCGGGAUCCGUGUUCAGAGCGAGAUAGACUUUUCUAAUCUUAUCUUUAAGCCGUUUGUUAUUACUCCACUAAAAGGCUACGACUGUGAUUUCCUUCAUCAGAUUAGACUUUUCUGGGACUAUCCUUUGCAGCUCGGUCCUUAUCAUGGAGACCUAUACGGACGUCUUGCUAGUCACUGCAAACGUUGGAUCACUGUUUGACAAUGUGGGUGAGAUUGAAAAAGACUGGCUGCGAGAGCUCUUCACGACGGUGCACAGGUACAAGCCAUGCUUCGUCGCCCUACACUUUCAGGAAGUCGGUGGAAAGGACUAUAUGGUUAAUAUGGGCCACGCAGAAAACUUCUUCUGGACCGUGGAGUCCAGCUCUGAGAUGAAAGACUUUGACAGAGUUUGUGUCUAUGUAGACAGUCAUUUCAAGGCAGCUGACAGUUUCACGGCUCUGGGAAGCAUGUAUUUCAUCCACAAGUCACUGAAAAAUAUCCAACAAUAUGACUUCAAUGCUAAGGAGUUUAAAACAGUAUCGGGGCACAACAUGUACGUGGGCUCCCUGGAGGGAGUAACAACGGUGGAAAAGGAGAAAUUCCCGAAGAAUUUCUGGCCAGAUUUCAAGUGGUCCAGAAAAGGCUAUAUGAGGACACGGUGGAUCAUUCACAACCAAGGUUUAGACCUGGUGAAUGUUCACCUGUUUCACGAUGCCUCCAACCUCAUAGCCUGCAACUCUAGUCCAUCAGUGUAUUCUGCAAACCGCGAGAAAGCUUUCAGAUAUGUCAUCAACAGGAUAUCAGAGAGCAGCUACUGUCCUCACCCCUUCUUUCUGUUUGGAGAUUUUAAUUUCCGGCUUGACACACUCAGUCUAGUGCAGAAUCUCUCCAUGUCUGCGGAUAUCCAGAGAGUUAAAAAAGACAGUACCGAUGAGGUGGAAAAGAUCAUUUGUGAAGAGAAAGACAAUGACCGCAAGGUCCUACUUCAGAUAGAGACCAAGUUAUUUGACUACUUGCACGAGGCCGUGUUCAGAGAAAAUGACGGAAAAGAGCUCCUGAAGUAUGAUAAGGAAAUGUCUGCAUUCCAUGAUGUCAUCGCAGAGGAGGAUAUCCAGUUUCCUCCGAGUUACCCGUACAGUGAAGACUACAGUAAACCUACACAAUACAUGAACACAAGAUGCCCAUCAUGGUGUGACCGCAUCCUAAUGUCCCACAGUGCGAGAGACAUCAUCCAUCGGAGUGAGGAGGGUGAGAGUGUUGUUUAUAACACACUGGGCUCUAACGUCUGCAUGGGGGACCACAAGCCUGUUUUCCUGUUUUUUACACUGAAGACGAUUGCACAUUGACACACAAUUGGGUGAAUCAAAGGGUUUCUGUGUUGUUGACAGCUGGACCAGUCAUUCCAUGGCUGUACAACAAGCACACGCUUAAUAAACAAACCUCUGCACAAACCAUUCAGAUGCAGAGCAAAACAGAGGACCCUGAAAUCUCCAACCGAAUUCAGUGGACUCACACCACAGGACCUGUUUAUAUUCCAACAGCUAUGUUCUCUGGUUAUAUUUUCAUCAUGUUUUGGAUUUCAGAACUUCACAAACUGCUCAAUGUGACAUCAGGAAUCUCUGAACAUGAAUACAUACUCGUGUACGUAGAGAAACAGUUCUCAAGUCACGUCUCGAAGCUCUUUACUCCUCACUUUUUACAAACAAUUAAGCUUUAGACUUUGCAUAGAGGAUGUAACAUCAUGCAAAUUGCAUGCUUUUCAAUUACAGCACAAUUUGUUUUCUUUUAUUUGUUAUUUUUAAAAGGAUUUGAAUACAAGUAGGCUGACAAUGACACCAUAUCCAAAUGCAAGCUGCUGUGACACACAAGCGUUGGCUUCUGUCUUAAUUCAUCAUCAUUUUUCUUUGACAGUCAUGUUCGGUUUCUUAUGUGUGCUGAGUGUAUGAGCGUGGUUUGACGCAGUAGUCUUUAAUAGGGAACAUUCUGGUAAAAAACUGAAUAAUUUACUCACCCGCAUGUCAUUCCAUACCUGUAUGACUUUCUUUCUUCUGUGGAACACAAUAGGAGACGUUACACAGAAUGUUCAGUCUCAGUGGAACAUUGGGGAAAAAAAAUGCAUUGAAAGUGUUGACUGGGGCUAACGUCUCUUGUUGUGUUCCAUGAAAGAAAAAGAGUCAUACUGGGUUGGAACAACAUUAGAGUGAGUAAAUGAUUCAAAUUUUCAUUUUUGGGUAAACUGUUCCUUUAAGUGUGUUUUUUUCACUUGCCUCAGCAGUUGUAGCUGUCAUCUUCUCUUAAGCUCCAGUCAUUGUCUCUGUGGGGUUGUUAGUCAGACUUUCGGAUCAAUAGAAUAUGUACAAGGACAGCAAGGGACAAGUUAAAAAGCCAUUAGCACUUGUGAAUUAUGGAAAUCCCACACAAAGUGUCCUGGCCUGGAAGCGCCCCUGACUUUUAAUUAGAGCACUAGUGCAGUGCCGAAUUAUAAUGUGGAUUGUAGCAUUCAGAGAUGUGUGUACAGUAUGUUUUUAACUUUUUCUAAUCCAUGAAGAGGUUUGUUUUAAUUUGGUUUGAAUUCCUGUGUUGGGUAUUUGGUAAUGGUAAAGAAUGACAGAUUACAGUGCAUUUUCAGUGCUAAAAUCAUAAAAAAAAGUUAUUUUAUUUCAUUAUUUUCUUUAACAAAGAAUAUGUACAUCAAAUAAUAUACAGUUGAUUCAGUGUAGUCCGUUGAAGCAAUUGUCUUGGUAAUGUGCUGUCCAUCAUGUACAUUUUCAGACCAAGUUUUUAUUUCCAGGACAAAUGCUCUUAGAGAAAUAAGCAUCUAAUACGCCUGUUUGGAAAUGAAUGCUGAUGUCAGUUAAUAUAUUAGAACCAAACCACUUAAAGGUGAAGUGUGUAAUUUCUGUGCCACUAGAGUCACCAAAUGCAGUCACAAAAAAACAUUUAUGUUUUCAAACAGGUUUCCCAAACACUCCCCCUAUCUGCCAUAGGUCUUACAAAAAUUUGUUUGGGAACUGAUAACUGGUUCUUAUCCGGAACUGGAUCCAUUUUUGUUUUUUACAAAUGCAGAAACCAAGUAAAUUUCAUAUCUUUCAGUUCUAUCAGGAAGACUCACUGACUUGAGCGAAAAUUAAGAUGACAUUUAUUUGAUGAAUAUAAAACAGAAAAGUAAUGUCUCUCUUUGGCGUAAACCCUGUCUGGCAGUCCGAAGGAGUUGUACUCGGAACCGUCAUAUCCUGCCCCCGUGCAGGACGGGACUCAACUGGUGGUGGUGGGGUGGUGGAGGUUGCCGUGUUAGCACACUGAAACAGCAAUGUGAUAGAUUGUGAGCAGACUUAUAAAGCAAUGGCUUACAUGUGAUUGGCUUGGAGUUACCUAGCUAAUGGUACAAUGAUGUACAGCUGCUAGUCUUCCCGCUAGAACUACAGUGUGCUUAAAUUUCUGUUAGUGGUUCUUGAAUGUGCAUGUUUCCACCAAUGUGGAUAGAACAGCGUACUAAAAUACUCUGACAGUGUUUAUUGCUGUGCUAUUCUGCAUUAGUGCUGCCUCUCUACUGAAUCUACAGCAGGAAACACACAGUGUGUCCAGUACAGUCCAGUUCCUGUACGAUUUACUCUUAUGAGCAAUUUUUAUGAAUAUAGAGUGCAAAAAACACAACUCAAACAGUGUAGUCCGAUUCCCAUACAAAUGAGUCGAUUCUUUUGAAUCUACAGCACAAAACACAGUGCGACCAGUGUUGUCCAAUCCCGAACAACUGACUCUUUAAGCCGUUUCUUAUUAAUCUACAUCAUGAAACACCGAACACUACAAGUGAAGUAUGUUUUUAAUUGUAUUGACUCUUAUAUAAAUGUCUUAUUAAUAUACAUUUCAAAACACAAUGUUACAAUAAAGUGUUGUACGCUUUCCAAACAAAUUACAUUUAUGAGCCGGUUCUAUAAAAUCUACUGUUCAAAACAUACAGUGUUACCAGUGUAGACCAGUUCCCAAACUAAUGACUCUUAUGAGUAUUUUCUUUUGAAUCUAGAGCGCAAAACAAACAAUGCUAGAGGUGUUGUACACUUUCCGAACAAUUGACUCUUAUGAGCCGGUUCUUCAGAAUCUACAGCGUGAAACAUACAGGGCAACCAGUGUAGUCUGAUUCCCAAACAAUGGACUCUUUUGUUCUAGUUAUUUUUAAUGAAUCAAAAACAUUGUAAAUAAAUGUUAGCAAUUUUUUUUUAUAGAAUAUUGAAUAUAGAGUACACUCAAAAAAUGAAGCCAUUACCCUUAAUUGAAUUUGAAAAAGUUUUUAAACACAAUUUUAUUUAGUACAUUCAUAUUAAGUCAGUUCAAUUCAAAAUAGAUCAAUAAAGUGUUCUAUUUUUAUUAGGAUCAAACUCAAUUUAAUGAUGUUUAUUGUAAUUAAUAUUCUUAUGUUGGUACAACUUAAUUUAUGUUACUAAUAAUUAGUACAUGUCAGGCGAGCAAGUGUAAGGACAAUGAAAUUGUUGCACUGUCAAUUUGAUAGCAGCUUCUUAUGGAGCUAAGCAGUACUUGAAUGCUCACUUGAAAGUGUAAGUUCAUCCUUAACCUAAGCACAAACAGCUUCACCGCAGUGAUAACCUCCAAAACUCCAGCCUUACAGAAACUCUAUUUAAAUACCAGUAUAAUAGAACAUUAAACAUUAACAAAUGUCCUAUUUUCAUCUGGCUCAAACAUGCAUAAAAUAGCACUUAAUUUCAAUAAUUGUUCACCCCAUCAAGUCCCACGUAGUGCCACAGAGACAUGUUGUUGUACAGUUUUCAGUGAUAUCCACCUGCAAAUAGCUUAUUUAUUCUUUUUUCUAUUAGGAGAAUAUUUUAACAUUGAAAUAUGUACACACUUCACCUUUAACAAGAUGUUGUUCUGACAACACGAUGAUGCUGUCUGAAAUAAUUUAGUCUUCACUGAAAACUGGUAGCUGUUUGUUUUAAUAUUGAUGUAAAUGAAUAUGUUUAGUUGCCCCUGAAUAGAUUGUUUUUUCUUGCAGUUUGAGAUUUAGUUUAGAAACAUUCAGCAUAAUCAUUUAAAACUAGAUGUGAUGUGCAUGUAGGAUUCUAUGUGGUUAUAUACUGGUGUGUAAAUUGCUUUAAGCAUAUCACAUAAAUUUGUCAUUUUUGUUUGGAUUGACUUGUAAAUACUCGACAGGCUGCAUAAUCUAUGCGUGAGGGUUAAAUUGUACGGCCCACCUGUCAAUAAUGGACUUGUUGUAGCUGAUUCAUGAUAUGGUCGACAUAAUUUACUGUUCUCGAGGGCAUCACUUCAAACUGUGCUUCAAUAGGAGGCAAUGGAGUCGGAAUUGGAAUGGCAUUGAUGUAAUUUAGCAUUUGCGAUUAUACAAAGAAACACUACAGUCUUACGAGAUGUAAUUUAUGUGUCUUUUAGAGCACUGUUAUUAGCAUGCUAAGUACAAAGUGUAUGUAGCCAUUCAUUUUUGCACUUGUUUUGGGGAGUUCAUUUGCAAUGUUUUCAAGAUGUUAGCAAAUGUAGAACACUGUAAAAAGGAGUUUCUUUAAUAGCAGCUGACAUUGCUUAUUUUGAUGUUAAACUUUUUAAAAGUCAUUUUUACCUUCUUUGUCUUUCUGACCUUUUCUAAUAAAUGUAACUUUGUGACAGAAAUGAGGUCAACCCCGAACCAAUGAAAAAUAGAAUAAUAUAUGUCAUAUAGUGUAUAUCCAUGCAGUGAGAAGAUGGAUUAUGGCGUGGUGUGAAAGUUUAAGAUUAAUGCUAACUGCAGGACCAGUGUGUCGAUACAGGUUCCAGACGCGCAUUGGGAAAUUAUGAGUUGUGAAAUGCUUUCAGUGUAAAUGCAUGAAGAAAUUUUAGAUGAACAACCAUAUUCAUACCACAGCCUGCAAAAUAUGAAAAUUGUUGACAUUGAUGAUCACAUUCUCCAUGACGAUUCUGUUUUCAUGAUAUUAUUUAAUAAUGUUAUUGUCCUAUUUAAUGCAGCUAUGCAGACACAGUCAAAUAUAUAUAUAAAUAUAUAUAUAGCAAAACUGCAUCAAAUUUUAUUGUAUAAUGUUCAAUCAAAUUAAAUUAACAAAACUUUAAAUAUUUAGGUUUUUAAAAUUAAAUUCAUUAAAGUAAAAUAGUACUUGAUGCAGUUUUGUUAUAAAAUUAAAAAUGCAUAAAUCUCUAAAAAAUAUAUAAUAUCUUUUGAGCGCACAAGCGUUUCUUGCGCUUCUAAGCGAUGGAAGUGCACAAUGUUUAAUACAGUGCCAAAUAUGACCAUCUUUUUUUCCUCUUCCUUUUACUCAGUUUUUCCCGCGGGAUGUCAGUAGUAAUGUAAAGCACAGUGGCGUUAGAUGCAGUAAGAUUGUUGCAGUGUUCUCUAGCUGUACCUCAGGUGCUGCUGAAAGUUGGAAUGGCCGAAAACGGUCUUGAGACCCCCUUAUUAUUACUUUCUGCAGCAAAAAUGAAUGUUUUUCUUAAAUAUGUAAUGUUAAAGUUUUGUUUCCUAAUAAAAUGUAUAUAUUAACA